ACAGAGGCUAAAGAGCGCCGCAACAACCGCCCCCACCCCAUGCCGUCUCGCCGUAUUCAUCCACUCAAUACGAUCAAUACGGGCCAGCCGCCGCGUCAUGAGGGCAGGGACUCGGAAAGUUACCAUGUUGAAGGCAGGAACAAGCUGUGAAUAACACCAAAGGCAACUGCGGGAAAAGAGAAGAAGGAACGAAAAAAACUGAAAGAUAGCAAAGGUUCGUUGAAGGUUCAGUUGUCUCACUCGGUACAAGUGCAACGUUGGCCAGGUAAGCAUCACCCAGCAGCUUCCUUCGCUCACCCUUCAGUUCUUGCCCUUUCCGUUUUCCGCCAACUUCAGGUUUUCUGUCCCACCUCGCCAUCCUCAACCAGUCUGAUCGAUGGCUCACAGCGAGCUCCUUCUCGGUGGACUUGGGGGUGGACUUGGGGGGUUGCCCUGUUUUACCUCUUGUCUUGCUCAAGUUGGCUUGACUUGACCGGUAACGUUACUGUUCCAGCCAGCUCAGGCCAUUAUUUCCGUUCCGCAUCAUCUUCCUGGACAAGAAAGAUACAAGAAGACACCGAGUCGGGACGAUCACAGUGCUUACAAUCGAUGCAGGACGACCGCACUAAAAUAGUCCCCCAUUAACUGGCUUGCUGCAAUCAAAAGUUCACUUCUCGUGGAGUCAGUCGAUGAAUCUCUGUUCUUGAGUUUCAAGUCCUGCAGCUUCUCAAUACCUUGACCGCAAUCUUCACUCCGGGACUUCCCAAGAACGGAACCCAGCCCUGACGAGACUCCAGAACGGCCCCAUCAGCCAACAGCUUGCAGACGAUUCCAUAGGGCAGCCACUUGGGAUCGCCACACAUCACCACCCGUUGACCAUCUCCAUUUGCUGCAGGACAAGGCCGCCCAGACUUACUCUCUUUCCUCGGCAAGCCACCAUGGAACCGAACAAAACCCUCGAGAUGCCCCCUGCCGGAGCCUCGCUUCCCAUCGUUGACGUUGAAAAGGCGGCAUCAGAAGACGCAAGGACACGCUCGACGAGACCAGAGGACCAGAGGUUACCAACCAACACCACUACCGACAACAAGAUGAACUCGACGAGGCGCGCUCUCUUGAGCGUCACUCUGUGCCUCUUGUUCUUCUUCGGCUUGACAUCGGCCGGACCAUCGAAAUGGCAGCAGAGGGUUCAGUGUCGUGAGGGAGCUGCAUCGGCAGAGGGCGAGAACUUCCAGUCCCUGCUGGAUGCGGCAUCGAAAGACUCUCUUCACAACAUCCUUCACAAAGCAUUUCCUGGGCGGUUCCAGCACGGAGUAUGGGAGUCGGAGAAGCAAGCCAUCGAGGCCGUUCACCGGGACAACGCCUCUCUUGCGACAGCAGUCUUGCGCAUGGCCAAGCGUGAUGACUCGAACACCACCAUCGCUUCGUCAACUCAGCAACCGACGACUUCUUCGGCCUCAUCCAGCGCUCAGGCUACUUCAUCGUCAAGCUCCGCGCAGCAAUCCACCACCAGCUCUUCGUCAUCGAGUGUACCUACGCCCGAGCCGUCAACCACCACCCAGGCUCCUCCCGUCACCAUCACCACUACUUCGACCACUUCGACCACCUCGACCAUUCCAACCACCACCUCGACCACUUCGAUCAAGUCAACAUCCUCAUCGGCACCUCAGGCUAGCCCCAGCUCAACUGGUACGUCCGUGAGCGAGAGUGAGAGAACUCUCGUCCUGAUAUCAACGUCGUCUUCUGCGUCUUCUGUGUCGUCUUCCGCGUCUUCUGUGUCGUCUUCCGAGCCGUCUUCUGAAGCCGGAGUGUCUUCCACCACUUCUUCUUCAUCUGGUUCGUCGUCCACCUCAUCCAGAUCUUCUUCUUCUCUUGAACCAUCUUCGUCAUCCACUUCACCCACCACCACUUCAUCUUCUGAUGUCGUGUCAUCCGUGUCGACGACAGCGUCGUCCACAUCAGCUACGACCAUCUCUUCUGGUUCGUCGUCCACGUCCAUUUCACGUGCCACUUCUUCUUCAAUCACGUCCUCCACAUCCCAGGAAGUAACAGCUUCCUCGGUCACUGUGGUUACGUCGGUGUCACUUGUUUACUUCUCUUCAACCACCUUGAGCACCACCUCCAAGGCCAAGCCCCAGACAACCGAGCAACCACCACAGACCACCCAGCAGCCUCAACAACCCAAUGAGCCCAUGAUCCCCAGCUCCAAGGUCAUCGUCCAGACUUUGACCUCAACCUCGGACGGCGUCGAGGUCGUCGUGACCCAGACCAGCACCGUCCGCGUCGAUCUUACCCCCACAGCGGGCGCCGGCACCACCAGGGCGUCUCCCAGCCUUCAGACCGAGAAUGCGGGCUCUUCUCUCCAGCAGCAGCCGGGAUUGGGGCGGUGGCUGAUGGUCGUUGAGUCUGUCGUGUUGGGGGCGCUGCUGUUCGGCUUUGCUCUUGCUUGAACGCGAGCGCGAUUGAAGUUACCUUUUUUUUCGUCUUGGUAUAUGGGUUUUGGCUUUGGCUUUGGCUUUUCAAAUUUGCGUUUCGUUUGCCUUAGCACUGCAUUGCGUCGGUUACUUACGUCUACGUCACUUACAUUCUUUUUCUGUUGUUCUUGCAUUCCAGGGUUUACAACAACACCACGCACACAUACACACUUAUACACAGGCAUUGAUUUCUGCGGCGGCGCGCUGCCGUCGUCGCGAUGUAUGUCCACAUUCUUUUUUCCUGGGACAAAAAAGGGCAUUUGUUUACCGAUACUUGGUGACAAAAGUGGAAGGAGGCGAUUUGGUAAUUUGGUAUGGGGAACGGUUCAUGCAUAGAGAUUUGGUUAGGCUAUCUACAGUUUUGGAACAGGAUAAUCUGUGGUCUGUACGAUGUGCAGGCAGGACAAAAGGGGCGAGCUAAGUUGUCACUGGGUGACCCUCAAGAAGUGGGAUAUGCGGUAAAGGAGGAAUGGUUGGAUGGGAUAUAGGUUUAUACAUAAGAACGGACGACGUGCGUACAUAGUAUCUGGAUGGUAUGAUGAAAUGAAUUAGAAUGACCAACAUUGUUGAGACUGGUACCGU